UGUGAUCUACUAUUAUCACAUCAAACUGAGGUGUUGGCGCGGCCAUCGAGUUUCGUGCAUACGUACACUUUCUCUGCUGUUCCCCCACACUAUACGGUGCACAACGGUGCUGUCAUGUUCGACCCUCUUAGCUCUACUAGUUCCAUUUUUGCCAAUGGAAACACCGACACGUCACCGCCAUGGCCAACAACACCGCACGAGCCAAAUUCUCCAAUACCCCAUUUGCGUCGCGCUUCCCCGUCUUUACCAUCACCGGUGAGUGUUCAGAAAGCAGAGACCGACGGGCUGUAUGGCAGAGAACCCAAAAUUUACGGCCAGCCUGAACCUGGCCUUGUCUCUCCGCAGACAACAGUAGGCUCAAACGGCACAAAAUACGAGAAGAUGGAGCCAUACCUACGUGUGCGAAUCACUGGAAUGGACAGAAACAGGCGGGAUAUACUCUUCAAACUUGAUGCCCAGACAACACUGUCUAAUUUUACGGGAACUACAUACCGCAAUGUGUCCCGCUCAUACCUCGAGUUUCAGCAGUUCUACGAAGCGCUGAUCAACAAUUGCCCUCAUACCAUCAUUCCUGCACUACCUCUUGCCCAAACAUCGGCGCCUACUGACGAGGAGGAUGAUCGUCUUGUGCGGAUAAUGCUGCAGAGGUGGUUGAUGCGGAUAUGCGAGGACCCGAUUGUUAUUCACGACGAGGAACUGCGCUCGUUUAUCGAGAGUGACUUUGGUUAUCAGCCAACGCCACGCCCUCGGCGUAAAACGGGCACAGGGUUUGGGCUGAUGCGCCGGGGCGUGCCUGACGAAGACGAGGUACUGCAACGUGCGCGAUUCGAAUUAACGAAGCUUGAAACGCAGUUCUUCGAUGCUGCUAAAGCUAUCGACAAACUUGCGAUCACACGCAAAUCUCUGGCUGUUGCGCAUGCGGAGAUGGGCAACAAACUCAUUAAUGUUGCUACUACGGAGUCGCAUCCUCCUCUUGGACAUGCGCUGCAGAAGCUUGGAAGAGCAUGGCAUAGUCUGACGGAUCUGGAUCAAGCGCAGGCGAUUAGUGAAUGUGUUGUCAUUGGGGACACCUUUGGGUAUCAAGGUCUCAACUCCCGUUCCGCAAAGGAAGCAUUGUUACAACGAGCUGGCGUACUGGAGGAGUAUCAGGCUGCGGUGAAAGCGACGAUAUCUAAGCGCAGGAAUAUAGAGCGGUUGAAAGCGAGUUCUAAUAUUAGGCCUGAGCGAGUGGAUGAAGCUCUGGAAGACAUAGAGGAGGCCAAUAAAUACGAGCAAGUGCUUGCCCAGCGAGCUAACAACAUAUCCCAAAAUCUUCAUCGUGCCAUGGAUACACACAAGCGUACUGUUGCAGAUGAUAUUACCGCUGCUCUAGUUGAGCAUGCUCGCUCGUCGAUCAUGUACGAGAGGCAGUUACUUCGGGAAUUGGAGGCGCUUCGCACAGAUGUCAAUAAUGCCAAUCAGAAGAUAGCACCUCCGAACCCGAAUGGCAUUCCCAAACCAUCUGUUAUCUUGCCUUUAGAGGACGACACGUACACACAUACCAGGGCUACGCCUCCUGUCGCAAAGCCUCCCAACCGGAUGCCGCCAUCCGCUCCUUCACCCACGCAGUCCUCAUUCAGGCAACACCCACUUCCUCCUCAAUCACCUGGCGCGGGUCCCUCGACGCCUCAGCGGAGCUCCUUCGCACCCCCGCAGCCACGGGAGGCUGGCCCGCCUCUGGGUGGCCGCUUUGCGGACGGGACCCAGUCGAUGUUUGUUAACGCCGCAUCACCAUCUCCAUUGGGCCCUCCGGUAGCUGCCUCUUCACCUUCGCUGGCCCAAGGUCCCCUUGGGGGAACCAUUCAUUCUCCCGUUCCAUCCUCUGCCACCCACCCUCUUGCGGGUUUCGCCCAAUCCCCAUCGGCCUCUAACGCUCCUGUUCGCUCCGCAAGCGCACAACAGGCCGUGGACCCUUUUGGAAUGUUCGCCCCGACGAACAUGUCGCAGUCAAUGCGGGUACACCCGUCGCGCCCACGUUUGGAUGCGCGGGUCGCAGCGAGCAAGCUUGCUAAUAUGUUCUAGUCGUUCAGAUCGAGGAUGGACCAUGUUUUCACAUAUUUGUGGACUGAUACUGUUCAAUGGAUUGCUAUUUGUCUGUCAGACUGAAAUGCAGGUUCUUCAACCUUCG